UGGCGGAGUUGCGAAAGCGUCGGUUGUGCGACACCAAACAUAACGGCGGAUGGAUCCUAAGUAAAUGAAAUAACGAGAGACAAUAAAAGAAAAGUUCAAUAAAAAGUGAGUGCGGCAGGAGAUGAUGAAGUGAAAAGAAGGAAAUCGCUGAUAACUGAAACAGACACACGCACAAAAAAAAAGGAAAAAGGAAAAAGAAGCUGUGGGAAAAGGCCACACUUUGAGGAAAACACUAAGAAAAUUCCGAGUCAUGAUUUUCGGUUAAAGGAGUUGCAAAUGCAAAAACAACAAUGAAAUGCUGGCUCAAUGCAGGGAGGCGCAAGAAGAGGCAGCAGCAGCAAGAGGGGGCACUGGAUGGUGCCGACAGUCGAUGGAGAAGAGGAGGAGCACGACGAGGACGAGGAGGAGUGGCACAGGAGCUAGAUGGAAUCUGUCAGAGACAGCAACAAGUGGCCAGCGACACUUUGGUGGCAACAACAAGAGCCGGUCCGGCUCUGGUGAUGCUGUGGCUUUUGCUUGCGGCCUGUGCGCAACACGGAGAGGCAGCGGCAGCCACACCAACAACAGCCAACGGGCCCGAGGCCACGGCAACAACACUAAACAGCAACACGACGACGACGACAGCCACAGCAGCAGCCACAGCCACAGCAUCAUCAUCAUCGUCAGCAGCAUCCUUCGGCACAGGAGGAGCAGGAGGAACAGCAGCCUCAGCCUCGGCAUCAUCCGCAGUUGGCAAAUCGACAACCAGCUGGGGAAUAGCCGGCAUCCAUGAGGAUCCGUUCAAAGACAUUGUCAGGAUUGGCGAUGGCAACACAGUCACUCGGGAGGCCAUCGAACAAUCGCUGGUGACGAUACACGACAUUGCCACCGAAAAUCUGGGCACGUUAUGCAUCUCGACGCUCUACCGACCCCUACAAGUGCCCAUCAAUUCGGAGCGAUACGAGAGCUCCAGACAAAAAGCCGAUUUGGCCGCCUCGAUACUCCAGGAAGUUGGCAUCAUUCGACACGGCGGACUCUCGGAUGCGUUAGCCAAGGGCCUGCUCACUGAUGACUUCAUAACCGGAGCACGCAUCUUGGCUUUGAACCUGACAAACGGCGCCGUGCAGUCGUAUGUGUGGUGGGUGAGGAGCAACCAGGACAAAGUCCUGGGCGAGACACAGCGCUACGAUGAGGAGGGACUGCAAAUUGGCAAAAAGCCGGCCAACAAUUAUCCUUGGUUCGACGAUGAGACCAGCACGCCCACUCUCCGCUCACCGAAAUUCGCACCUAGCCCACCGAGCAACUACUACAAAGGCUGGUGGACAUACCCGUACUUCUCGUGCGCCCCCAGCAAGUGGCUGGUGUCGUAUAGCAUUGCGAUUCCGCCCAGUGGCCGGCAUGGACUGCGCGGCUUCAUCAGCAUCGACAUUGAUGUAACGUCGCUGCGCGUCAAUCAGUGCGAGGCGGAGCCCUAUCACUUUGGCAGCCGCAAACAGCAGCAGUUGCAGCAGUACCAGACCAUGCGACGUUACCCACGGCUGGCCAGCAAGGCGGCCGCAACGGCAUCGGCAUCGGCACUGAACGAUGUGGGGAGGAUCAACGAUUUGCAAGCCUUUCACAGCUCACACAAGUGUCAUCGCACCUCCAUGGUGUGCGACUAUCGGCAGCCGAGCGCGGAGGCAUCGACAAUAAGCAGCGGCAAGAUAUUGAGCGCUCUCACCAGCAGCAGUUGGUCCCGGGGCUCGUACCAGUGCCUGUGCAAGCGCGGCUAUUAUUCAUUGCGCCAUCCGGAUGGCUUCAAUGGCACCAUCAUGGAGAUUGCCUGGCAGGAGCAUCAGGACAAUAUAAGCAAUUACUAUACGGAUGUCUUCAAGUGUUUGCCUUGCGCCGCCGGCUGUGACAUGUGCACCGGUCCGGAGCCGUGUCUGGCCAACUAUCAUUGGCCUUUCAGAAUAUCAUUGUUGACCAUAUCCAUUGGCUGUGCUUGCGGCACCUUCGUCCUGGCCGGCUACCUCUUCCGGCAUCGUCGCGUCAAAGUCUUUAAGGUGGCCAGUCCCAUCUUCCUGAUGAUCACACUCAUUGGCUGCGCCAUCAUGUAUCUGGAGAUGGUGGCCAUAUUCCCCUAUCUGGACACCAGUUGGUGCAUUGUGACCAAAUGGUCGCGCCACAUGGGCUUUUGCAUCACCUACACUUCGCUGUUGAUGAAAACCUGGCGGGUCUCUUUGACGUAUCGCGUGAAGUCGGCGCACAAAAUCAAAUUGAACGAUCAGCAACUGUUGCAAUGGAUGGUGCCCAUUCUGUUGGUAAUGCUGAUCUAUUUGGGUACCUGGACCAUCUCGGCCACGCCCUAUGCGGAGGUGAUCUACGACAAGCAUCACCUGAAAUUCAAACAGUGCUCGUACAACUGGUGGGAUCACAGCCUGGCCAUUGGCGAGGUCUUCUUCCUGGCCUGGGGCAUACGCGUCUGCUACAAUGUGCGGAAUGCGGAGAGUCUCUACAACGAGGCGCGGCUCAUCUCGUAUGCCAUUUACAACAUAGCCCUUGUCAACAUAGCCAUGGUGGUCUUCCAUGUAAUGCUCUUCCCCCAAGCUGGACCCGACUACAAGUACAUGCUGGGCUUUGUGCGCACCCAACUGUCGACCACCACCACCAUUGCUUUGGUCUUUGGGCCGAAGAUAUUGCGGGUGUUCAAGGGCCAGGGCGACAAAUGGGAUCAGAAGGCCAAGGUGAGAAGCAUAACAGCUUCGUUCUCGCUGAAUGGAGUGGGCCUAGUGGCCGAAGAGUCGCCGGAUUUGUACCAGGAGAAUGAAGAGCUAAAGGAACAAAUCCAAAAGUUGGCCCAUCAAAUUGAGUUCAUGAAGACUGUGCACAUGCAGAUGAACAACAGGCAUCUGAAACCGAAACCGGGCGGAUACUUUACCAUCACUUCGACCUCGUUCCAGGCUCCCUACAGCAAGAACACGGUUUCCACAGCACAGACCCAAACGGGCAAAGAUGAGGCCAGCGGGGCCACGCCAACGAAAUCCAAAUCGCCCAAGGGCAAAGUCUGACGAGGUCAACGAAGUGUUAAAGAUUGCUCAAUAGAAGUUGUUGACCAGCAUGGAACAGCAACGGUCGUAGAGGAUGCAAUUGCUUUUAGUUUCUACCAAACAGAGCCAGAGAUGCAGAUGACGGGAGAGGAGCAGCCAGGGCCAGAGGAAGCGGAGCUGCUCAGGCAGUUUCGACGCCUCUUUGCACCCAUUUUGGACGACAGCCUGCAGCUGUACUAUAGGCUGAAUGAGACGGAUGAGACGGCUGGGGAUACAGAGCACAUACGGAUCCAUCAGACAGUGGCGCAGCUGAACGAGCAGCACACGAGCAGCGAGGAGGAGACAAUGGUGACCCACGUAAACAGUCCCUCGCCGCCCGUGGAGGUGGAGCUGCUGCCGCUUUCCAGCUGCCCCAGUUCGACGUCGAGCAGCUCUCUGUACGCCAUACACACACCAUCGCCGGCGGCUCUUGCCAGCGGCCUGCUGCUCCUGCCCCAGUGUCUGGACUCGCCUUUGCUGUCCUGCAGUCCCGAGUCGCGCACGAUCACCGAGCAGGUGCAGCUGCACAGACCACCCCAGCAGCUAAUCGAGGACGAGAACAACACCUCGUGCUCGUUGUCAUCGAAUCUGACGGACAGCAAGACUCUGGAUGGUCGUGCCCCCAUUGUGGUGUGAGAUCUCUCUCUCUCUCUCUUCGGAUCUCCAUCUUCUCCUCUCUCUCUUAAUCGGCUUUAUAUGUGAUUUCGUUUACACUGUCUUAGAGCAACACAGCAAACAAAUAGUGAAGGAAAACAGCUUAAUGUUUCAACUAGUCUUAAAUAAUGUUUGUGUGUGUCUGUUUAAAUGUUAAAUGCGUUCAUGCGGUGCGCCACUGAAGUUCUGUAAAUAAUUUGCAGGGAAAUCUGUAUGCCAUUUAAAGUAAGUUUUUUCCGCCAGGAGGGAGGACUUCUCCCCUGGGAGGACAUACCCCAUAUUUAGUGCUAGUAUUUUUAAUUUAUUUACAAUUUUCUAUAAUUUAUAAUACCUCUAUCAUUGUUUAAUUGGGGCCUUGAGAAUAUUAAGAUGUUUUGUAAAUGCCUUUGACAUCAAGUUUAUUUUUAUUUCUAUUUAAUUGUAUGCUUAACUCUUUGUUAUUUUAGUUCAGUUAUAAGUAUGUGUCACGCGUCAUGCAGCAGCACCCCUCGAUUUGUCUGAUUGGUGGUGGGAUGCGUUUCUGCCAGGAAUCAGUGAUCCACGCCCAAAAAAACUUGGGUCUUAGUGUCGCUUGAGCCUCUUAAAGCAGUAUUUUCUAUUAUUU